AUGGGGACAGCAGCAACUAACGCUGAUCGUAAGGAAAACGAGUCGAGUCGAGCUGAGUCGAGUGGGAUGCCGACCGGCACAAUGGGAGUUUUGGUACGGAAAUCAGAGCAAAAGGAGACCAAACAGGGUUGGGGAUACAAACGACUACUCACAAAAGAACGGGAGAAGAGGUAUGGUAUGGAUGGAUGGAUGAAUGGAUAG